UAAAAGUUAUAAUCUAACCAAUUUGUAUGAACGUCAAGAAUCAUGUGAGAAAAAUAAGACGUUGAUAAAUAAAUUUAGAAUUUAUUCUAUUUGCUAUUUUUCAUCACUGUUUUUUAUCACUUUCACGAGUGUGCUGAUAGACAGCUAAUUGUAUAUCCAGUGAAUCACUUGAAACCUGACACAAAAACAGUAGACAUUCUUUUUCCUGCGCAGGAAAACAGCGUGCUCACCUUCUUACGUGCUGUGAGAAGAAUGCUGCUACGGUCUUUUGAAUCUGGUUGUCAACAGAGAGUGCGACCUUGAUCUUCAUCUGUUCAGACAGCGAGUGCAUUUUAGUGCCAAGAACUCAAAUUUUAACAUCAUUUUUUUUAAAGAAAAAGCCAGUGUUUGAGUUAAAAAAAUUUUAAUAAAUUCUAGUCCAUUAUUCUUCUAACAAAAUUUUAAAAUUCAUAUUUUAUGGAGCAUUCGAUCAUCUCAGCUACAGAGAACUCAGUUUUGAAGUGUUAAGCUUUCUUUUUCCAAUAACUGACUAAUAAGUCAUAGAACUAUCGAUAUAAGAACUUGGCAUCCAAGUAUAACCUAUUUUUAAAUAUUAGCACUAUUUUUUAGACUUGGAGUGUGUUUAGAUGACAGUUGGGUUGUGAUAUUAUAGAUUCAUCAUAGAAGUGUUGCAGUUGCAUAUUUUCGCGGAUAAUAUAUCAUAUGAUGAAAUAGCUGUUUUCAUUUUUAUUCAGUGACAUCAUUCAGAAAUAGCUAUUAUUCACUAAUAACACCAUAUAGGAUAUAACAAGCAUUGUUACUACAUCAGUAGUAUAAUCUAAGCUUUCUGCUUAAGAAUCAACGUGACAUUUCAAAGUUCGAUCACAAAUAGUGAUCCAGCCUCUGAAUUCAUAAAGAAAAAUAAUAACAAUCAAGAUGACGCCCUACGUUGUGUAUGAGGAAGAUAGUGACGGACGCCCUGUGCCCCAGAAGCCCAAGUCUAUCAUGGUUGGGGCUGCAAAUGGAUAUACUAAUGGCAAUGUCAAUGGUGGUGUAAACGGUAGUAUGAAUGGUGGCGUCAACGGCAGUAUGAAUGGUGGUGUCAAUGGCAGCGUUAAUGGUGGCGUGAAGCAGCAAGUCAACGGGAGCGCCAUCCACUUGGUGUCCAAGGAUGAAGAUGCUGUGGAAACUCCCGACAGCCUACCGUCUCGUUCUUCCGUUUCCGGUAGGAGCAUCAUCGGAAAUGGAAAAAACGGAAGAAGCGGUGCAUUGAAAAGGGUGUCCUUCGGAAGUUCAAAGGGCUCCAUGGUCGAGACCCUGGUCUACGACCACCAGGAAGACCUGUCCGAGCUGCCCGCUUUCCUCACAGCUGCCCCAGUCACUAAUGGGGAAGAGUCUCGCGUGCACCCCGCGAAGGUGCGCGUCAAGUUUAUCGAGAGUCAGCACGUGGCACAGGUGACCUGUGCUCCACCCUCGCCCGACGUCACCUUAGAUUUCGGAUCCGACACCAUGACAUCACCCACUUCAGAGCACUCGCCCGACUACCACAGGCAGAUCAGCCACGAAAGUGGUGUGGACAACCCUUUCCGACCGGACGGUGAGCUGAGCCGCGAAGCGGAAACCAUCGUUAACUUGAUCAAAGAGGGCAAACCUAUCACCCCUGUCAAAGGAGAAGAGAUGGACGGCGUGGUGGUCAACGGUGUCUCCCAUGACCAGACGGACUCUGUCACCGCCCCCAACGGACAGCAGGUCACGGAGGUGGUCAUCACCCCUCAGAGUACCGCCCCCCUCCAAUCAAAGGCAAAGGGUGGAGCCAACGGCACUACGCCCAAGGACGCGGCCCCUGCUCCUGGCAUCGUCGAGGUCCAGCGCGGAGUCAUCGUGCCUCCCACAGAUGCUCCCGCCGUCGAGCAGGUCAUCAUCAAGAAGAAGCCAAAAUGCAAGUGCUGUGUCAUCCAGUAGUGCGCAUGCGUGUGUGUUCUGGACCGCCCGCAGGACAGUGUGCAGGCUGCUGCAGCGGAUCUCUUUUAGGCUUUCAGUGCGUUCCUCGCUAAGCUGGAGUGGUGAUAUACGGUUUUGAAAAGAAAAAAAAGUGGAUCUGAUGGCUGAAUCGGAGCUUCUUUGACCACUUCACAGCAGAUGAGGAUUAUAAAUAUGAAAAGGACUAAUAUAUAUUACACACACCAGUGACGAUAUUUUAUUUUCAGCAUUUGCUGUGUUUCGCUUUUAUGCCUUCGACAUCAUUUUCUAGAGUUCUUGCUAUGCAAUACCACAUAGGGACUCUUGUGUUUGGAACUGUGAAGCCUAGUCUUUUGAAUGUCGUGGUAGUGAUCUGUGUAUGGAUAAUGAAAAGUAGUGUGUUGUCUUGCAAGUUAUGAGAUUUAGAAUUUUUUAAAAUUAGGUUUUAAAUUGUUUCAUACAUUUUUAAUUUAAGAGGUUGUAGUUAAUGUGUGAUGAAUUUAUAUUUCCAUUUAAGAUAUUUUUUAAUGUACUAAUAUGCAGUAAUUUCAAAAUAUUUAUUAUGAAUUUUUUUAAAAAAGAUUUUAAAUUUUUAUGAUUAAUGUCUUAUAUUUUCUUCCAUUUCACAUUAUUUGUGAUUGUCACUUAUGUGUAAUAGAUGUACAUAAAUUAACUUGCAUAUAUUAAUUUUUACAUUGCUAAAUGUAAUGUUGCACUUUUAACUGCUUAUUCGUAAAAAGCAUGUACUUAAAUUAGUAUUAUCUAAAGUGAUAAAAUAAUUACUGUAUGCGUUAUCUAUAUGAGAAUAAUAAAAUUUGAUUUAACUGUCAGUCAUUUUAUUAUGUGAAUUUAAAACAAAUUUUAUUCUAAUUAAUGAAAUAAUUAUUCUCAUUUAAGAUGCAUUGUUGUAAAAAGACUACUUUUGAAAUAGCUAAAUAAGUAAUAAUAUUUGUAUAAAGAGUAUACAUUAUCUUAAUUUUAAAAUUGUUUACUGAAAUUCAGUAAGAUUAUUAUAAAAAAAUGUGUACAGUUAUUUAAAGAUUUUGUUUUAAAUUGUGUAAGAUGUUAUAUAAUUGGAAUAUGAAACUAAUUUAAAUAUUUCUUAAUACAGUUUUGGCAUAUAUUGCUGUUUAUCAGAUAGGAAACCGUUGAGAUCUUGUAUAUUUUGAGCCCUUUGUGCAGCUUUUCGUUUUAUGAAAGAAGUGUAUGAGUACAUGUGUGCAUACACAUAGCACAGCAUGCACUGCAUAAUGUAGUGAAAAUGUGGUAUUGCAUAGUGAAUUGCAUCAAUUUCUAGGUUUAGAUCUUUCACGCCGGGUGAAGGUUGGACUAUUGUUACAAACAAAACGCUUCUUAUUGCUUGGAAAAACAAGUAGAUGCAAACAACUGCAGAACCAAGAGAAGAUAUCUAUUUAAUAUAUUCGUACGAUGCUUCAUAUUUUCUGUACUUUAAUUGAAGUGAUUUUUGUAAGUCGUGUAUUUUAAUUCUGCCGUCAAAAGUUUUAUUCAUUGUACAGAUAAAAAAAAAAAAAAAAAAAAAAAUCAAAGCAGGCAAAGAAAUUUUGGUACAUUUCUGGUAACUGUAUAUGGAUUAUUUAUCCUUUACAUUUGAGAGAUCUAGUUUGGAGCAGUUAUAGAACGUGAUAGGCCAAAAAAUUUACUUUUAAAUGGAAGAUGUUUUUUAUUGUUGUAUAGUGAAUUAUUGUCUGCAACAGUUAUGCUUAUUUCUUUGCUGUGUCAUCAUCUCUUCCAAUUUGUGCUCGACACAAGAACUGUUCUUACAAAGAUGUCAAUGCAGAAGUGACCAUUGCCAUUAGAAAAGCAUGAAAUUAAGUUGUUUUAAAACAAUCGAACAUCAAAUGCUGCAGAAUAUCCUUUAAAAUUCGAUUCAUAUCAAGAAAAUACAUUUUCACUGUAGUUACUAACGAUUCAAGAUCCCAAUAGCGAAAAGAUAUUGUAUGUUAUUGAACAAUUUUUGCAAUAUUGUACUAUAUUCUUGGAAAUUAUUGUGCAAUGUUGUAUAAAUAGUGUUAUACAAUAUUAUGUAGAUUCUUGGUGCUGCCUGGGUUAGUUAUAAAUAGAAAGUGAUGGGACACUACAUAAUCUUUCAACACAUUUUAAGUUCCAAUAAAAUCUCCAUGAAAUGAAGCAGCUUCCAUUUAAAUUUGGGCUUUAUUGCUUAGAAUAUUAAUUACUGUUCAGAUUUAAAUUCUGUUUAAAUAUGUGAAUUACUUUUAAAUGCAUUUGAUCAUAUUGGAGUUUUGGAUAUGUAUAAUUAAUUUUGCUUGCUAACUUAUAUUGUUACUGGCUAUAAUUCCUUUUUCUCUUACAUUUGAAAAUUUUUACAGUUGUGAAUCCAUUAAAAACUUAAGAAAGUUUUUUAAUGCUCUAUUUUUUAUGAUUCUGUGCAAUAUAUAUUUUUUUUGUUUAAUUAUGAUGUUAUUCUGAGUAUUAGCUAAAUUAUAGAUUCAUUAUUAUUAAAAUUUAGAAUUAUUAUAUUAUUUAAAGAGUAAAAUCACAUGCUAUCCUAUCAUUUAACAUAUCCUGUAUUUAGUAAAGCAAUUUUUAUUUAUAAGAGCUGAUGUUCGAUUUAAUCAUGAUUCAGAUAUAGAUUCUGAAUCUUAUUUUCUAAUGGCUUUGGUUUCUAUUGCUGCGUAAUAGUUAUUUUGUGACAUAAGGAAAUGUGUUAUAUUUCUUCUAGACAUUUCUGUGAAAAAUAAUUCUUUAGGAUGAAUAUAUGCACAUUUUAUUUUUAAUAAGUAUUACUAUAUGUGAUCUUGAACAUGUAGCAGUUAGAUCACUCAAAGAUUCCUGGUAUCUUGCUACAGCAUUAACGUAUUACCGAAAAAAUUUCUUGGACCUGAUAAAAAUAAGAAAAUGUGUUUUAACCGAAAGUGGGAAAACUGAUUCAAUUGUGUUCAAGAAUUUUAAAAAAGCAACUAUUUUUUUCCCAUUUUUUUUCUGUAAUUUCUUUAUAAUUAAUGGUUAAUAUAUUUAACAAAAAAAAAAAGUUUUUUAAAUGCAUUUCUUCGAAAAUUGAACCAUGACAUUGUGAAUAAUUAUAUAUCAGCUAGAUUUUUCUUUUGUAUUUGAAUGAGAGAAUAUUGAUUUAAAUAUAUUUUGAACAGUGCAUUGACUUGUAUUCAUUUUGUUCAUUUUAAAGCUUUUGUUGUUGAUAGAUAUUUACAGUUUUUACAUUGCAAAGUUUUUGUUUCUGUUCAGAUGUUAUGUUCUGUUAGUAGAUUAUUUGAUGUAAUAUUUUAAAACUCUUUUUAGUUUGUUACUUCAUAUUUCCCAGUUAAUGAUUUGGAAAAUUAAAAAUUUGUACAAAGCGAUUCUUUUUUUUUUUUUAAUUCUAUAAAUUACUAUUUUAGUAAUUGAAAAUUUGUAAAGCACUAAAAUUAUCUUUAUUUCUUUUAAAUUAUUGAAAUUAUAUUUUAUAGAACUUUAUUAAAUAGUAUGUUCCAUUUGACUUUUUUCAUUUUUUUUUUCCUCUCUUUUUGCAUCUCGUUUGUUUAGAGCAUGAUGUGUAUUUCUUUCUAAAAUAAAAACUGAUCCUGGAAGCUGUAUAAAGUCAUUUUUGAAAUAGUAAAGGAAUAAAACUAAUCUGACUUUG